AUUCACGCAGCAACAAGAACAAAGCAUCAUCCUCUUUUUUGAACGCACUCCGGUGCUUGUCAUUGUCUAACUUGUGAAUUUCAAAAUCACAAGUGAGAACAAGAAAGUUUUCCACAUUGUUUGAGCAAGCUAUGGGCAUAUGAACCAGCACAUUUCAAGAGGAGGAAGUUAGGAUUAGGCGGUAGAAAGCCACUUGCUGUGCUACGUAAAACGAUAUACUAAUCGCAUCGCGUCAUAAAAUGCUGUGGAUUUUAAGAUAACUUCCUAGUAGUUCUGUUGAGGUAUCGUGCCAAAAAUCAUGCCAGACAGGAGGGGAAAUUGGUCCAUCGCGCUCGUACGGCACGGGGCAACGGAAUGGACUGCUACUGGCCAGCAUACGGGCGCCACUGACAUCCCGCUCUCUGACGUGGGGGUUAAACAGGCUCAAUGUCUGGGUCGCCACUUUGCUCGGACUUUCCACGGUGACCUAACCCGCCAGUAUGCCUACGCAUUUGUGAGCCCAAAGGAACGGGCAAAGCAAACCUGCGACGUAGUGCUCAAACUUGCAGGCGGAAAAACUCUAAAAGUGAUUGAAGACCGUGAUCUUGCAGAGUGGAACUAUGGAGAGUACGAGGGAUUGACGUCAGCAGAGAUUCGGAAACGAGAUCCAGCAGGUGAAGAUUGGAACGUCUUCAUUCAUGGCUGUCCGGGUGGGGAGACAGCAGCAGAUGUGGGCAAAAGGGUAGACAGGUUUCUGCAGAGAGCGAGGGAACUUGCCCUCAGCCUGGACAACCCGAAGAACAUUCUGGCAUUCUCCCAUGGGCAUGUUCUGAGAGUUCUAGGGGCGCGAUGGAUAGGAUUGCCUCCAGAUCACGGUCGAUUCCUCGCGUAUAACACUGCAGCGGUGUCAUAUUUGGCCUUUGAGCACAACAAUCUCAAUGAGCCGGUCCUUCAGGAAUGGAAUUCGGUUACCCACCUCGUUGUGGAGGACUGCUUGCAGCAUGAGUUUGAAUGUUCCUUCUGAUGCAUUAAGGGUAGGCGCGUAGCUUUCUAGUCGAACGCCGAAUGAUCUACUGCUGGUUAUCGGUAUUUUGUAGAUUCCUUCGUCGAUUUAGUAAUGCUGCGUAUAGACACUUCCUUUUGAUCUACUUUGUAGUGUAGGAAAAAUGUGCAACGGCAUGUUUCUCUGAAUUGUCAUGUACUUUCCGCAGCAGAUCGCGACCCUGCUGUAGGUUAGUUCGGAACAGAAGCAAGGCAAUACACAUGCCGUAGCGCUUGCUAUUUGGUUCCUGUAAAGAGUAGUUGCAUAGCAGGUUCAUUUAGUAAAACAAGCUGAUCUCGUGGAGGACCUGGUUCACCCACCUUCGCUCCCAAUGUCUUCAAAUACCGUAUUCGCAG